AUGGAGAGGGCGGCGAGAAUCAUCAGGCGAUCGAUCCACGGUUUCCUCAAGAACAUCGGCUCCUUCCACACCCCUGUUCUGAUUCUCCUCCCUUACUCUGCUUCGCUGCUUCUCUAUGGCUGCUUCUUCCCUGCGGCCAAGAACGCUUCGCUCUCCCUCCCGCAGUCCGUCUUUCGCGCCUUCCUCAGCUUCGCGCCCGCCCUCACCUUCCUCGCCGUGGCUAAAGCCCGCGUCUUACAGGCCCUGACGAAUCGCCAUGACCCAUCACCCCUCUCGUCUUCCUUCUCUCUCUACGGACGCCUCGUGAAGCUCCAGUUCCUGAAGACGUCACUGGCGCUCGCGGCCGACGCGAUCGCUUGGGCUCCGCACGGGUCCUUCUCGCGCGGUCAGGGGACCCUCCUGGCGUUAACGUCCAGGACCGUCUCUUGCGCAAUCGCCGCCAACCUGUCCGCCGUGUGCGACGUCGCUCUUGCAAUCGUGGGUAUCGAGAAUUGCUCCGCUUCCGAGGCGAUCCGAAGGGCCUGCUCUCUGAGGCGCAGGGAAUCGGCGGGGCUGUUGAUCGCUCUGCCUCACUAUCUCUGCUUCGCCGCAGUCGAAGCCCUGUGUAGGUUCCGAUACCGGUCGGUGAUGGAGGGGCUAAGCGCCGAGAGGCCUUACCUGGGCAUGGCUUCGGAAGGGCUGGUGAUCGCUUGGAUGUAUUCGGUCGUCGUCGUCUUGGACACGAUUGCUUGUGGCUUGUACGUGAAGAGCUGCGAGUCGAAUUCCCGCGCAGACGGAGCAGCUAAUCACGGUCACAGCACAGCGAACGUGAACAACGACGACGAUAAGGGCGACCGGUGCGGGAAGAUCGCUGACAUGGCGUGA